CAAACCUCCUUCUCUCUCUGGAUCUCAGUUUCCGUGUUUGUCAAAAUGAGGAGGGUUAGAACUCGGUGAAGGUCAUAAUUUCAGAAGCCACCUAAUGAGAGCGCCGCUUCCAUAUUUUUCAGGUGUGAAGAAGGGACUAAGUCUCUCUGGACGCCCAAAAGGAAGCGGGGUUGAGAUGCGGUUACCUCCUCAGUGACCCCUAAAUACUCCACGUCUCAGUCAAGAUGCCGACGAGACGCUGGACACCCGGCACUCAGUGCAUCACCAAAUGUGAACACAUGAAGCCCAAGCCAGGCGAGCUGGCCUUCCGCAAGGGCGAGGUUGUCACUAUCCUGGAGGCCUGUGAGAGCAAGAGCUGGUACCGGGCCAAGCACCACGAGAGUGGUCAGGAAGGGUUGUUGGCAGCUGGAGCCGUGCGAGAGCGAGAGGCCAUCCCCGCUGACCCCAAGCUCAGCCUUAUGCCGUGGUUCCAUGGCAAGAUCUCGGGGCAGGAGGCAGUUGCUCUGCUACAGCCUGCAGAGGAUGGGCUCUUUUUGGUCCGGGAGUCUGUGCGGCACCCUGGUGACUACGUGCUGUGUGUCAGCCACGGCCAGGAGGUGGUUCACUACCGAGUGCUCCACCAUGGUGGACGGCUGACCAUUGAUGAGAGUGUCUGCUUCUACAAUCUUAUUGACAUGAUAGAGCAUUACAUGAAGGACAAGGGAGCCAUCUGUACAAAGCUAGUGAAACCCAAGAGGAAACAUGGAACCAAGUCAGCUGAGGAGGAGCUGGCCAAAGCUGGCUGGUUACUGAACCUGCAGCAGCUGACCCUGGGCAGCCAGAUCGGGGAAGGAGAGUUUGGAGCUGUGUUGCAGGGGGAGUACCUGGGCCAGAAGGUGGCCGUGAAGAACAUCAAAUGUGAUGUCACAGCCCAGGCCUUCCUGGAUGAGACCGCUGUCAUGACGAAGAUACAGCACAAGAAUCUGGUGCGGCUGCUGGGGGUGAUUCUUCACCAAGGGCUUUACAUUGUCAUGGAAUACAUGAGCAAGGGGAACCUGGUGAAUUUUCUUCGAACUCGGGGCCGUGCCCUGGUACACAAGGCCCAGUUGCUGCAGUUCUCCUUGCAUGUGGCUGAGGGCAUGGACUACUUGGAGGGUAAGAAACUUGUUCACCGAGACCUGGCCGCCCGAAACAUCCUCAUCUCGGAGGAUCACGUGGCCAAAGUCAGCGACUUCGGUCUGGCCAAGGCUGAGCGAAGGGGCCUGGAUACCAGCCGACUCCCUGUCAAGUGGACGGCGCCUGAAGCCCUGAAACAUGGGAAAUUCUCCAGUAAGUCAGAUGUCUGGAGUUUUGGGAUCCUUCUGUGGGAAGUGUUCUCCUAUGGCCGGGCUCCGUACCCCAAGAUGUCUCUAAAGGAGGUGUCUGAAGCUGUGGAGCAGGGCUACCGAAUGCAGGCUCCGGAAGGCUGUCCUGCCACUGUCUAUGCCCUCAUGGCCAGCUGCUGGGAGGUGGAGCCUACUCGCCGUCCGGCCUUCAGGAAGCUCUUGGAGAAGCUGGCCAAGGAGCUGAGGAGCACGGCGACAGAGCCUGUCCCCGAGGGCAGCUCAGUUGGACCCCAAAGCCUCCAAGAACCUUGACCCUCUAGCCCUUAUGCCCCCAAAGCUGCAGACCAGACUCUACAGGCUAAAGUGGAGGGCUCCCCAAGGCCUUGCCCAGCCCAGCCCAACCUCGUUGGGGACUGGAGGGAGGCUGGGGAACGUCAGAAUGCCUCCUCCUAUCUCCUUUCCUCCCUGGGUCAUUCCUGGGCUGAGAGAGCCACCCAAAAGGGGAAUAGGGCUGGGUGGGAGAGUGCAUGGGGUGGGGACUGUCCAGCUGUGCCCUCCCCCCACCAGGCUUCUGAGGAAUCUGGCCUCGGUUUCCUUGGGCUACAGGCACUCCUUCGCUGGUGGUACCUUCUUGGGGAAUAACCAGGGGAGGUGCUCCUAGAUGACCUGUAGAAAUCAAGAAGCCCAAGGGAGGGCCCUGGCAACCUGGGAGAAGACGAUAAAGGACAUGGAGGCUUCAUUAUUCUGAGAACAACGGGCUUCUGUGUCUCUUUGUCCCCAGCCCUUAUUAACUUCCCCAGCAGAGAUCAGAGAGAUUGUGCCCAGGGCCCAGCUCUGUGUGUCUUUGGAAAUGCACUAUGAAUGUCCAUCCCCUCCCUAAGAUCUUCUCCGAGCUUUCCACGAGUCUGGUGACUGUUCGUGGGGUCCCACCGCCCUCUGACACGCAGAUCUCUUGGAUCCCAUAACCGAGGGAGCGCUCCCUUUCCUUUGGAACUCAUCCCAGGGAUGAGCAAUAAAGUGACUUCCCCCGGAGCUCAGGGAAGCCAGGGGUCAAAGUGCUGGAUCCCUGGAUCCCUGCCCCACUCCAUCCCUUUCCUUACCCCAUGAGGGCCCUGAUCUGGGAGGGACAGAACAGGGCUUGGAAUAAACUUUAUACAAGUGAA